AUGUCUGAUGAAAGAAACUCCAAUUUGCUAAAAACGAAGUUAUUGAUUCGUGAAGAGAACUUGACCACAGCGUCAACUGGUAAUACUACUAGUACCCCAGGAUCCUUCUCUAGAACUGGUGUGGUUUCUCCAGAACCUCGCACAUGGGAAGAUGGGGUUACUAAAGGGCCCCAGAAAAUGCUUAUAUACCAACAAGAUAACGGGCAAAUAUGGGCAAUAAUAGGGUGUGCGUUGACCAUUGGAAACAUAAUUGCAGCAUUGGUUAUCUACACAUACAAGCGAAGGAAACGGAGACUUAGACAAAGGGGGCGUACUCGAGAUGCUGGCAGAGUUCCAAGUGAUUCCCAUUAUACAUUGCCCACUAAUCCAGACCCGCACUAUCUUCAGAUUAUGGACAACCCAGAAGGUACCUCAGCCAGAAAGAGACAUGAUUUGGACGACGGAGGUUACAUCACAGCAAUAGAACGGAACUCUGAGAAGAAUUCUGGAUACACAGAUAUUGUACAUUUCUCCAGCAGUCAACGAUCUAACUCCUACCAAGAAAUCACUGAAGUGAGCGAGCUAUCCCUAUCCUCUCAUUCGCCAGUUCAUGGUACGCGCAGUUUGGAUCCGCCGAUGCGUAUACACAAGAGACGAGACAAAUAUCUUGUCAAUAUCAACAUUCCGUCGGACUCGAUAGAGGAAAGUGUCAGACAAAGCUACGUCUUGUCGCCAGAGCUGAUGGAUGAGGAACUUUCUGAGUCCUUAACAAACUUUUCCAAGUAUUUCACUUCCUUAAGUGUCAAGAAAAAGAAAGAAAGCUCAAACUGUGAGAAAGGUGAAGAAAGUACAACAAAUGAUGACAUUAUAGAUGACGGGAACGAAAUCAAAGAAAAUAAGAUGAAAGACACGGAGGAUAAAUCCUCAUCUUCGUGUUUACAAAGCUAUGAUAAGGACACCAUCGAUCACGAGAAUACCACCAGCGCUAGAGAAUCUCAAAAGGGAGUAAAGAAUUGUGAUGGAAAAAUGCCUCUUUUCAAUGACUUGAAACUCAAGGGACAAAAUAGUUCUAGUGUUAUAUCGCAGGAGUUGCCGAUGGAGAUACCCGUAGAACAACAAAGUGCCUCUCACAUUAAGCGUCAGGAUCAGACUACAUCAGACGAGGAGCCACCAACCCGUGCUUCUGCCAACUUUGACCAGUCCUCAGUAUCAAGUAGAGAAAACCUAUAUCAUGAGAAAGUUAGCAAGGUGUCUCUACCAAACACAGAAUGUCUUGAAAACAGAACGACAUUGAAAGACAGAGACAAAAUUGACAACAAAGAUAGCGAUCAGGCUUACGCCUUUCCUUCUCGAAACGAGAAAGUUUGGUGUAAGGAACCCGGUGGAAUUAACGACAACUUGCUAUUGAAGAAGAGCCGAGGUUUGAUGUUGGCGCCAAUGACUUCGUUUAACAGUGAUCACUCUCUGAACAAUUACAUCCGGAAGAAUGGCAUUCUUCUUCCGGUAAAGACCGCAGCAGACGAUAGUUCAGUAGCUGACAAGUCAUACAAAAGAGAUACCCUAUAAUGUGUUGAUUAGUGUGUUAACCAU